AUGUUAUUUGCUCGAGAUAAUAUCGUCCUGUACCUCAUGCAGCUGAUGGCACUGGAAGUUUCCUACAUUGUCCUCGGGCUGGAGAGCGUGCACAUUAAGGUGCCGAUGGCGGUGCCACUCGGGACGAGUGCGACCCUCGUCUGCGAGUGCGACCUGUCGGACGAGGACCUCUACUCGGUCAAGUGGUACAAGGGGAAGCACGAGUUCUUCCGCUACACCUCGAAGGAGAUACCGUCGAUCAAGAUCUUCCCGAAGGCCGGCAUCAGCGUGAACGUGAACCUCUCCAACGCCAGCCAUCUGGUGCUGGACGGUAUCGAGCCGCUGAGCAGUGGCCGGUACAGCUGCGAGAUAACCGAGGCGGCCCCGUCCUUCCACACGAAGAUUGCCACCCGGACGAUGCACGUGGUCGACCUGCCAGCCGGUGGUCCCCGAAUCGAGGACAUGAAGUCCUACUACGGAGCCGACGAGUUCCUGGAGGUGAAGUGCAUCGCCGGCGCGUCACUGCCGGCGGCCAAACUAACGUGGCUAAUCAACGACCGGCCGCUCCUGCAGCCGCUGGUGGCCCCGUCGCGGUUGGAGUCCGUCACGCUGCCGGCCAGCGCCACCGAGGCCACCGAGCUUUCCAGCCCCGCCAGCAGUGCGGACAACCUUAGCAAUAGUAGCAAGCGUAUCGGUAAGAAAAAGGUGCCAGUGAAGUCUUCCUCCCAGCAGCAGCAGGAGCCGUCGGAGCCGGCCCCGGGGGAGGGUGAAGAGAGCUCCAGCACAAGGCCACGGCGAAUGGCGCUGGCAGCGUCCCACGCAAACGGGAUGCUUGGUCCGGUGGCUCCAACGUCGAGCUUCAACCUCGACGUUGGGCCGGUGGCCACGGACACGGUCGGGAGGCGCUCGCUGCUCAGCAUCGCGACGAGGGCCGGCAACACAUCGGUGGCCGCCGGCAGUGAAACGCGAAAGGUCACGACGACAAGCCAGCGCUACGAGAUCUCCGUGUCGCACCUGAAGCUGCUGCUCGAGCAUGGCCACUUUCAGAUGGGAAAGCUGAAGGUGGAGUGCAUCGCGCGUAUCUUCGAUCUCUACGAGCGGACGGCAGUCGAGACGGCGGACGAGAACUAUCCCCAGGUGCGGGUGCUCUCCAACAGUGACAACGGUGUGCACUUUUCCUUCAUGAGCGACAAGGACGAAGCGUCCUCAACGGCAGCUCGUCACUCACCACCAACGCUGGGGUGGAUCCUCGAAGGUGCGGCUCAGUUUGCGAGCUUCAUCGCUUCGCGAUCACCAUUCCCGAUGGCCUGCAGGACAUCUUUACCCACCGUUUCGUUCGAGACUCGUUACUUUGGCUAA